GUGGACUCUCUCCUGGCUCAGCGAGGAUCGGUCGGUCUGCUCCUCCUCGCCCUCACUGUCGGUUUCAGAUGCCUCACCUGGAACCUGACAGGAAUGGCGGACGAGUCUCUGUUCGACUUCCUCCACAUGGAGAUCGUGUCACACGUUUACAGGGAGCAGCAGUCCAGUAAAGAAGAGAUGGACCACAAGGACAGAGCCGUCUGCAUUUCUGUCCUUGAAAGCAUGGGCUUCAGGGUAGGACAAGGACUCAUCGAGAGGCUGACCAGGGACUCUCCCAGCUUCAAAGACGAGUUGGAUGUCAUGAAGUUUGUGUGUAAAGACUUCUGGACGAAGGUGUUCAAGAGGCAGAUCGACAACCUCAGAACAAACCAUCAGGGAACGUACGUCCUGCAGGACAACACCUUCUCCCUGCUGACGCAGCUCUCCAACGGGAAGCAGUACCUGGACCAGGCGCCCAAGUACCUUGCUUUUUCCUGUGGCAUCGUGCGAGGCGCUCUGUCUAACCUCGGGCUGGAUAGCGUGGUGACCGCCGAGGUCUCCGUCAUGCCGUCCUGUAAAUUCCAAGUGGUGGUCCAGAAGUUGUGAUCUGAAGAGGGCCGUGUGUGUGUGUGUGUGUGUGGGGGGGGGGGUCUGUUAGUCUUCUAGAGAGAGGAUGGUUCCUGUCCACAGCCACAGAGAGAGUCAAACACUAACUUUAAAGUCCUCAUCUGGGUCCGCCAGAACCACCAGGCAGCCGUGAUGAUGCUGGUUCUACUCUGACACAGAGCGACAUUUUGUCUAAUUCAUUUUUUUCCUUUUGAUUAAGUUUAUUCCCCUUUUUAUUUUUUAAACAACGCAUGGUGCUCUCAAAUUUAGUUGUUCCUUAAAGAAGGGGAGUCUGGCCCGGACUGUCAGGGGUAUCAAUACAAUAAUGUAAACGUAUAGUAAAGUAAGUUUAUCCAAAGAGGAAGAAACAAUUAAACGUGGAAACAUAAGUUAGGAGAAGACAUCAAGUAGUAGUGAGUGAGCCUUUGUACAUUAUUACACAGGACACAUCAGAUUAUUAUUGGUGGUCUUUUUGAAUUUUCAGUUAAUUUUAAGGCAAAAUACAAAUCUAGAAUAAGUCACAUGCAGGACUUUAAGUUAAAUCGUGUUUAGGUGUCAUAAUAUAUUUGCUGUGUCGACAGUUUUCGGAGAGAACCACUGAAUUUACAGAUUAUUAUUUUUUGUACCAAAAUGUCAACGUUUUUUUACAGUAUUGAUUGUGUGUGUGUGUGUGUGUGGCGUACGGUAAAAGACAAUUUGGAUUUAUGGGUUACAUUUGUUAAUUUUACUUUGUAUAAAAAAAUAAAAAAAUACUCAUAAAUAUCUAAAACAGUU